AUGACUUCUUUUGGGUUUGAGCAGCCUGGGCACGUUAGAUCUUUGCGGCCUCCAGCGAGAAUUGGUCUUGAGAGGGAGGAUAGUAUCAAGGAUUACCAGAAAGUAAACUUGCAAAGCAAUGGUACUUCUAAGUUCCACACAAUGCCUUUACUUUCCAAUAAUAUAUCUGGGGAGCCAAAACAGGAAACAAGUGAGGACAAUUUGCAUACCCUUGCCGUUCACAGUGCAGGGCACCCAUCUGAAUGUAUAACUACUCGGUGCCUGGAGCUAAUGACGUUAGUGAUAAAGCUUGGUAUUGCGUCAGAAUCAAUAAGCAAUGCCGAGUCUUCUGGUGCACCUCUUUCAAAUGAUAAUCCCGUCACUGUGAAACUUGCUGCAUUACAAAAGCAGCUAACCAAUCUGCAGCAACAGAUGGACGAUCAUCGUGUCGACGGUGUAGAACCACCGCUACCAGCAUACGAUGAAUAUUAUGCACCGGAAGAUCAACCAGUAAUUUGGCGUCCAAGAGCUUUACCGCUUCGACAAAUGGAUAAACGUUUGGUUUAUUGGCAACCAAUGAAAAAAGCAGUCUAUUGGCAACCACUGAAAAAGAGUGUUAAUAUUGAAAAGGAAGAAGGUGAAUUUUUGUAG